AUGUUUUAUCUCCUCCAUUUUCUAAGCCUGACUGUGGUGGCAGAAGCAGCAGUCUUGUCAGGCUCCUGCAGAUUUGAGGAUAGCACCUGCAACUACACAUCAGACCCUGCCUUCUCCAGCUGGACUCUGGACACAAACGGUCACUUUAUCACUGUGGAUUCACCUGUCCAAGAUGGCUUGGGGAAAGCAGUUUUGUUGGGUCCAGAUGUGGAUCAGCAAGAUUGGAGUUGCCUAAGGGUGGUGUACCAGAUCAUAGUUGGGGGCUCCUUACAUAUUCUGAGACGUGCAGAGGGAGAGAGUUUCGACCAUGUCCUGUGGACGACCCAGAAUCCAUCUAACAGCUGGCUCAUAGCUAGCAUAGACCUUCAGAAUAGCACAGAUCCAUAUAAGAUUGUGAUUGAAGGCACACCUGGGGAGGCUAAAGGCAGCAGCGUAUCCAUCUUUGAGAUCCAUAUCUCAGAUAAAUACUGCAUAGAGUGUGAUUUUGAGGAGCCGCAUAUGUGUGGAUACAGUAACCAGUGGAAUAGCAAUGUGAACUGGUAUGUCGGAAUAAGCACAGCUCAGGACCAUCAGGGCAACCAGCCAGAGGACAAAAAGAUGGAUGGGACAGGUCACUACAUGUAUGUGGACUCUGUCCAUGCCGAGACAUUCCAAGAAGUGGCAAAACUGGUGUCUCCAAUGACAACAGUACCAAUCUCUGGCUGUUUAACCUUUCAGUACCAACAGAGUCAUGCAGAGGGGCACCUCUUCUCUGUGUAUAGCAGAGAUCAAGUUGGGCAGUACCAGGAGCUUUGGAGGGCAGGCAUGCCAGGAGACAAUCAGGUUGACUGGGGAACAGAAUUCCCAGUGUGGAUACCAGUGCAGGUGAACUUCAGGGCACCUUACCCUGUACAGGUUGUAUUUGAAGUGACAUUCAAUAGUCCUAAGGGAGGUCAUGUGGUACUUGAUGACAUUUCCUUUUCCCCUGAGUUCUGCAAUGCAGAGAUGGAACCAACUUUUGACCCAACUGUGGCAAACUGUGACUUUGAAACUGGUUUUUGUCACUAUACUCAGUCUCUGAUGGAUAGCCCUACAUGGAAAAGAGUCUCACUAAGGCCAAACAUUUACAGAGCUGGGGACCAUACAACAGGUGCAGGAUCAUUCCUGCUGGCCAAUACACGCUUAGGUUUACAGUCUGGCUAUGUCAGUCGUCUGUAUGGGCCUCUUCUGCCUGCGAAGCAGAAAUACUGUCUGAAGUUCUACUACUCUCUGAGGGGCUUCGUCUACUCUAACCAGCCCCUGACUGUGUACCUGUAUGACAAAGCCGGCGUGGCAUAUGAGAAAGUGUGGACACAGGCUGAGAAGACCAGGAACGUUUGGAUAGCAGCUGAUGUAACAAUCCAGACUGAAAGGAGCAGCAAGGUAGUGUUUGUGAGUACAUGCAAAAGCUUUUGGAACUGUGGAUCUGUAGCCCUGGAUGACAUAAGCAUGAGCCUUGGGGACUGUGGUCCUACAGAAGGAUCUGCGCUAUCCGUCCCUUCCCAAUGUGACUUUGAAAUGGGUUUCUGUGGAUACACUCAAGACAAGGAGAGUGACAUGGGUGACUGGGUGCUGGGCAGAGGACCAACUCCAACCUCCUUCACAGGACCAAGAGGAGAUCACACCUCUGGGGUUGGAAAUUAUGUGUACAUUGAGGCAUCACUGAUGCUCCCAGGCCAUAAUGCCCGCCUCCUCUCCAGUUCACUUCGAGGUUCCAGAGUUGCACAGUGCCUGCGGUUCUACUACCACAUGUAUGGUUCCGGCACGGGCCAGUUAAAUGUUCUCCUCCGCUCAGCACAAGAGGCUAAGGACAUGUUGCUAUGGACACGAAGUGGAGAGCAGGGCAUCUCCUGGUUGAGAGCAACUAUUAAUUACCAGCAUGAACACCAACACCAGAUUGUGUUUGAAGCCACCAGAGGAUCUUCAGUUAGGAGUGACAUCGCAAUUGAUGACAUCAUGUUUCUAAAGGGAGCUUGUCCAGCACAAUGCUACAUCUGUUUUUCUGUUUACUUCCACAGAAACUGA